AUGGCGACAGCGACGGCGACUCGACCCGCGGCGGUCGCGUCCGCGUCGUUGGCCUGUCGUCGGCGACGCGGGGCGAGAGAAGACGCGCGGCGGCGGCGAUGUCGGAGGAGCGCCUCGAGGGACUUAUUAUUCGGAAAAGCGUCGCGUGAUGACGAUGAUGCGUCGGACGAUGCCGACGCCGCCUCGAACGCCGUCGCGACGACGACGCCGUCCGACGCCUCGCCGUCGCCCUCCUCGCUCGAAUCUUCUUUCCCCCACGACGAGCGCGGCGUCCGCUUCGCGAUCGGCGACGCGUUCUACCGCCGCGAGUCCGCGCAGGCGCGGGAUCUCGCCGUCCUCCUCUCGCGCACGCUCGCGUCGCCGCCGCGCGUCCUCGACGCCAUGAGCGGAUGCGGCGUCCGCGCGGCGCGGUAUCUGACGCAAGGGAACGUCGCGUUCGUGCACGCGAACGACGCCAAUCCGGCGGUGACGCGGACGAUACGCGCCAACAUCGAGAGCGCGGUGCGCGCGGCGGACGCGGACGCGGACGACGACGCGAGGGCCGCGGCGACGGCGACGCGGCGUCAGCACGCGGUGACGUGCGAGGACGCGCGCGACGUCUUCGCCGCGAGCGCGUCCAAGUCGGCGUUCGACGUCGUCGACGUCGACUCGUUCGGGAGCGCGGACUUCGUCGACGCCGCGCUGCGGUGCGUCCGCGCGCCGGGGCAUCUCUACCUGACGUCCAGCGACGGACUGGCGCUGAGCGGUAAAAACCCGGCGCGUUGCGCAGCGGCGUACGGCGGCGCGGCGAUCGCGCCGAACGUUCCGGGGGUCAACGAGCACGGCUUGCGCGUGUUGAUCGGUCACGCGGUGCGCGUCGCGCGCGAUCGCGGGUUGAGAGCGACCCCGGCAUUCUCGCUGUUUCAUCCGCACGGGCCGCUGUUCCGCGUCAUGCUGCGCAUCGAGAGAGAAGUCGAGGGAACGGGGGAUGAGGAUGAGGAAAACGGCGGCGGCGCGGACUGCGCGCGGUGCGGCGACGCGCGCGUCGUGCGCGCGGACGAACGCCUCGGGGCGGAUAGCGCGCCGUGCCGACGGUGCGCCGCGGCGGGCGCGGGCGCGGAGGCGCCGCCGCUCGCCAUCUCCGGUCCGAUGUGGCUCGGCCCUCUGCACGACCGCGCGACGGUGGACGCAAUGCGUCGCGAGGCGGAGAUUUUGAGCUGGGCGACGACGGGAGACGCCGAUGAAGACAAAGCCGCCCGGGGAAAGACGAAGCGACAGCUGUCGCUCUCGCGUCUUUUGGACGCGUUCGCGCUCGAGUCGGACGCGCGUCUGCCGCCGUUUCAUCACCGAACCGACGAGCUCACGCGUCGAGGCCGAGGCCGAGGCGCGCCGCCGAUCGACCGGUGGGUCGAAGCGCUCCGCGACCUCGGUCGCGUCGCAUGCCGGACGCACGUCGACCCUCGCGGGCUCGCGACGGACGCGGGGUUAGACGACAUCGCGGUCGCGGCGGCGAGGGCGUGGGAGGGGCGCGGGGGACGCGGGGGACAGAAGAAGACGCGUCGUGUUUCGCGGUAGGUGCUCGCUCGUGAUAGAACGAACGAACGAAUGAAUGAAUCAUUUGUCGCAU